AUGGAGAUUCAGCGGGAACUCCGCGAAGACCUUCGUUCCGGCACCGUUCCAAUGGGAGAGUCACGGCACCGGGUCCGCAUGGAGAGAGGCAGAAGCAGGGCACCAGUGGCCGUGCUGGCCUUGACUGCGUUUGGCGUUAGCUCCGCUUGGCUCUUGCCCAGUGCCCCAAGAGAGUUGCCACGCCGAGCAUUGCUGGGUGCUGCAGCUUCCAUGGUGGCUCCAGGCUUGGCGUCCGCCUUUGGCGAUGUCAAGAUGCCCAUGUCCAAUAUCCGAUACAAGGAGGUCCAGUGCAACCCGGACAAAGGCGAGAUGCUCAAGGGCACCCGGGCGACCUACGGUUUAGAGCCGCGCUGUGUGGAGGUCACCGCCGAGGUGACCAAUCCGGAGAACAAGGUUCUGAAGAAGGCGGGGGUCUUCGGCAAGGUGAACAACGUGGAAGAGGUGACCAGUGUCUUGGCCAACGCCAUGGACGGUGCGUCCGACAACGGCCAGUUCACCUUGGUGGAAGAGAUUCCGCCGGGCACCAACGACAUCCAAUUCCGCUUCGUGGCGGCGUUGCCCAAGCGCUACAACAACAAGGAACUGCCAGAGCUGGAGUUCUAUCAGUUGAAAGCGACCUGGUAUCCGGGUGCGGUGCGCUGGCAGCCCCUGACGGAAUGUGAUUUGAACCCCACGGCCGAUGGAUGUGAGGAGGCCGAGCGCUUUUGCAAGGAUUGCAAGAACAACCUCUCGGCGGAUGGGAAGCCCCUCUUCUCCUGA